CCGAGCCGAGGAAGAAGGCCCGGCCAGAGCUCCGAGCCACCAACCAACCCCACUUGCCUAUUUCCGGAGUCCAAGAGAGCAGAGGUCAGACAGGAGUACAGGAUGGUGGCCACGGCGUCCUCACCCCCGAUCCCCCCCACGGGAUGGGAAGGAGGAGCCCGCCGCCAGCCUCCCCGCACCCUCUCUAUGCCCCUGCGCGCCAGCCGCCGCUCCAUCUCCGCCUCCGCCACCGGCGAUCUGCCCGUUCCGGCCGCCCGCGACCCGAUCUCGCUGCCACGGCCUCUCACCACCGCGGAUCUCAUGGAGCCGACUGGGGACGGGUUGAAGGUCGCCUACCAGGGUUGCCCCGGAGCCUACAGCGAGGCGGCCGCCAGGAAGGCCUACCCGAGCUGUCACACCGUGCCCUGUGAGUACUUCGAGACCGCCUUCCAGGCCGUCGAAGGAUGCGUUGCUGAUCGGGCAGUAUUACCUCUUGAGAACUCCUUAGGUGGUAGCAUACAUCGCAACUAUGACCUUCUACUUCGACAUAGGUUGCACAUCGUUGGUGAGGUACGCCUUGCAGUUCACCAUUGCUUGCUGGCAAAUCCAGGAGUCAAGAUUCAAAACUUGCGAAGCGCUAUGAGCCAUCCCCAAGCUCUUGCACAAUGCGAACAAACACUCACCAAGUUAGGAAUUGAGCAUAGGGAAGCUGUUGAUGAUACGGCAGGCGCCGCAAAGCUUAUUGCGGAACAGAAGCUCCAAGACACUGGUGCAGUUGCUAGUUCAUUAGCUGCUGAGCUUUAUGGACUCAAUAUUCUAGCAGAAAACAUCCAGGAUGACACAGACAAUGUCACCCGUUUUAUGAUGCUGGCUCGAGAACCCAUUAUUCCUCGCACGGACAAGCCAUUCAAGACUAGCAUUGUCUUCUCUUUGGAAGAAGGACCUGGGCAACUCUUCAAAGCGCUUGCGGUGUUUGCUUUGCGGAAAAUCAAUCUCACAAAGAUGGAAAGCCGUCCACACAAGAAAAGGCCUCUACGUGUAGCUGAUGACAAUUGCUCUGCACCGCUGAAGCACUUUGACUACCUCUUCUAUGUUGAUAUUGAGGCUUCGAUGGCUGAUCCAAAUGCUCAAAAUGCUCUUGGAAACUUGAAGGAAUUCGCCACUUUCCUAAGAGUUCUUGGGAGCUAUCCUACAGAUGUGAGUGAAGCUUGAAUCGAACUACAAGCUUCCUGGCUGACAGCAUAGUUGAGGAAGCUGUCCAUUUUUUUAGGUAGCAGGGAAGAGAUGUUAUUGAUUAUGUUUUGCAAGUCCAUUGGUGAUUGUGGUUCGUACACCCGCUGGAAUGUUCUUUUUAAUCCUCUCUAGUUGCCGUGGAGAAAAGGAGAAGUGUUUUGUGGCACUGGACUGACUGCAUGCUGCGAACAGCACAAAAGGAAGGUUCAUUUGUGGUUGAAGUAUCUCUCUAUGGGGAAGGUCACCUCCAAUUCUUGUAUUUCAUGUCAAGAACCAAGUGUCUUGAUCUGUGAAACCUAACAGAAAAGGAAAAAAAAUGAUGUGUGAUGACUGGAGCCACCUAGCUUUGAUACAAUAAGAUAGCUGGAGAAUGAAUCGAUCAAAUUGUUGAGGAUGCUACCGCGAUGGUUAAUGUUUAUUGUUAAUCAUGUUAUAUUGUCACCUUUUGACAGAAA